AUGACCGUUGAAUGCACCAAAUUUUUCCAGUCCCUAUAUAGUGGGGCAACCCCAGACGUGCCGAAUCCCGCCUUCUGGGCACACAUCCCCCCCUCUUCACUCCCUCCCCGACUUCUCAACCAUCUGCAAGCCCCCUUCUCCCUUCUGAAAAUUAGCAAAGCUUUAAGCCAGCUCACCCGCGGCAAAACCCCCGGCCCUGACGGUAUCCCGGGCGAGCUUUUCCGACAGUAUAAUACCCGCUUCGCCCCUGCAUUUUUCUCACUCUUUUCCUCACCGCACAUCUCCGCCACCCUCCCGCCGUCAAUGCUGUCAGGCCGCACCGUCCUUAUUCCCAAGAGGGGUAGCUCCUCUAUGGUUGACAAUCUCCGCCCUAUCACCCUCAUGAACUCGGAUUAUAAGGUGCUAGCCCUUUGCCUCGCCAACCGUCUGCAACUCGCUCUCCCUCAGAUUAUCCACCCCUCCCAAACCGCUUUCAUUAAAAGCAGGAAAAUUGGCGAUACGAUCAACGACACACUUGACAUUUUCGACUGGAGCACAACCACGAAAACCCCCCUUCUCGCCUUAACUGUUGAUUUCCGCAAGGCCUAUGACCUGGUUGACAGGGCCUUCCUCUUCCGAGCACUUGCCAUGGUGGGACUUCCCGAGCAGUUCAUCGCCUGGGUCCGCCUCAUGCACACUAACACCUCCACCUGCAUCUCCGUUAACAACCUCGCCGGACCCAACUUCCCUGUCCGCACGGGGGUCCGACAAGGAUGCCCUCUCGCCCCCCUCCUCUUUGUGUGUGUCAUUGAAAUCCUACAACGCUACCUGUCGCUUUUCCUCCCAGGUUUCCCCCUCUCUACGACGCAACGCCGUCUCAUGGCCUGCUAUGCUGACGAUGUCACCAUCUUUCUCUCCUCUGUUAGAGAGCUUGGGACCACACUUAUACACCUUCGGACCUUCGCCGCAGUCUCUGGAGAACACCCCAACUGGAACAAAUGUUCAAUUAUCCCUUUCCACAUUGCACCGGAACAAAUCCUCCUGGCUGGCCCCAUUCCCAUUCGCACUCCUCAAGAGGCUGAGCGCAUCCUUGGCAUCUACGUCGAACGCGCACAACCCAGCGACACUACCUGGUCCACGACUCUCUCGCGCAUUCAGCGCAUGGCCAAAUUCCUUGCCGCCCUUCGUGCCACAGCUACUUGCCGCAAGUCACUUACGUCGGUCUUCUUAAACUCUAUUAUCUCCUUCCCCGGCCGCUUUCAACCCCCCUCCCCCGACAUUAUCAAACGCCUAGACGUUUUGGUCGGGAACUUCAUAUCUUCUUCGCGCUUCAAGGAACACGGACUCGCGGUCCGUCUUAUCCCUAACCGGCUCCUGUACAACUCCACUCGCCAUGGAGGCCUUGGAGCAAUCGCCCCUUCCACCCAAAUCCGCGCUCUAGCCGCUCACCGCGCGCUCCGCCGCCUCGGCGUCUCACCAUCAGAGGAAGUAGCAAGAGCCGCCGUCUGCCUCCCUUUUGGCACACACUGUCUCCUAGCACACCCUGCCAUCCUUCAAUCAGGCAUUUUGCCAACGGUAAUCUUGAGUCGAGCACUCGCCGAACUACGCGCCUUGAUAGAGAUCACCCCGGUCGUCGCCCCACCUCGCCUCACCCCUUUGUGUAUAAUGGGUGAGCCCACCGCCUUCAACCGUUUUAUUCUCAAACCGAAUGGGAAGCUCUUCGGGAUUCUCAUGCGUGAACGUUUCCUCCUAUCCAUGCAGGUUCGCAUCGGCCAUUUGAUCUCUCUCAUCUUCCACUCACUUGCCCUUCGCUCCCCCCCUCCCCCUUCGGCAGCCCUUGGGGAGUGGUUCGUCCCUAAAGAAGACUCCGAGACCUCCCCCACUCUCGCUCUUCAGGUCACGGCCUUCUCCCCUCCGUCGUCGCUCUCAGUCUCUCUCUACCGUGUCCAUCCUAACCGUUUUAUCGUCCGGCCGGCGUUUGGAGACGGCACCUUCCACAUAGGUGCCCUCUCCGCGGUACACGUCGUUGGGUCCUGGCUUGCAGGUCCCUUCCAUACAGGUUCAGGGCUCGGCGCGCGGCUCGACAUCCUACAGGACGGAUGCCCCAGCGUAGCUGACAUUCGCCGCCGACUCUACACUCAGCUUCCCCUCGACCACGCCGCCCGCUGGAUCCACGUCCUUUCCGCUCCUCCUCCCCUUCUCCCCGACCUCUCCCACGACUUUUUACGCGAGCAACCCAGCCUCCAGCGCGACGUCCUGUUCCGGUUCUACACUCGCGCUUUUCCUUCGGACUCGCGUUUCAACUUCGCCGCAGACCGGGGGAUCUGUUCUCUCUGCCUUGCCGCACCCACGGAGACUAUUUCCCACAUUUUCUACGAAUGUGGGUUCCUGUCUGCUCCGUCCGACAAUCAACUGGACGUUAACGAUAACGUUAACGUCGACGAGGCUCCUGUGGACGCGUUCGGAAACCUGGAAGAUCUGAUCGUCGAGGAGGGCUCAUCGUCUGCUGACGCGGCUGCGGUUGCCGCGGACGGCGCUGAUUGGAUCCUGAACUUGGAUCUGACGGACGGGACGACCCUGAUCGCCGAGGCCAAUCUGGUUGACGAGCUGACUGCCGUUGAGCUGACUGCAGGGGAUCUGACUGCCUUCGAGCUGACUGCAGGGGAUCUGACUGCCGUCGAGCUGACUGCAGGGGAGACUGCGACCGAGCUUGCCGCGAACGACGUGAGCCAGAUUGCAGUGAAACCAGACUUCGUGAAGGAGACUCGCGUGAUUCUCGAGAGCAAACUCAGCGAUGCAUGCCUUGGCGAUGCGCUCGGCGAUGCGCUCAGCGAUGCUGGCGACUUCCUUCUCGACGCGUUCCAUGCUACUGGUGGUGACGUCGAUUUCUCGUCGCUGGGCGUCGCAGGCGACGAGUUCCCGGAGCUUCUCGUCGAGCCCGCCUUGGGAAACCACGUCGCGUCGGAUUCUGAGGUGACACCUCAGCAAUGCCACGUGGCGAUUCCCCCUCCACCGCCGGCGCUGCAGCCAAUGCGCAUCUCUCUGCUGCAGCUGCCGCCCGGUCUCGUUCUGCGCCGAUCAAAUGAAGAGCUGGACGUCGACUCGGGAUCAGAAGAGGGGGGUCUUUGGGAGGCUCUGGAGAAGCAGUUGAAACCCGCCACGUCAGAUGAAACGCCGUGUCAGUGCCUGGCGUGUCAGUGCAAGUCAGAGGAGGACCGGAUGUUUCUGCUGACAGGGAAGCGGACAGUGAAAGCUGAUGCUGGUGCUGCUGGGAGUAAGAAACGGACUGGAUUAAAGAGGAGAGGUCGGUCUAUGGCUAAGGUGAACGUUGGAGAUUCUAUGGCUGAUGUUAAUGAUAUUCUUGGGGAGCUUGCACAGAUUCCACUGCUGCUGGAUUUGACGGAUCUUCCUGAACUUCUGGGGGGAGAUUUGGGUGCGUGCGAUACGUUUUGGGAAGGAGCUGACAUGGCAGUGGUUGGAGGUGGUGGUGGUGAUGGUGGUGAUGGAUGUGGGUUGGAGGAGGCUGAAGGAAAGCACAGCUCUGGAUUUGGGAAGCGGUUGAGUCAGAUGGAUGUGACUGAAGUGGUGGAUCAGUGCAGGGUGUGGCUGCAUGAAGCACUGCAGAGCCCUGGGUGUGACUCUAUUGAUGUCGACUUCUGCUUGAAGGUGGUGGGAGAGGUGAAGGGAGAAACGGUGGAGGGAGCCACGCCAAUGGAGCUUGUGGUAGAGGAUGGAGUUCCUCUAGAGUGCUCCAUUGAGUAG